AAUAAUUCUCAGCCAUGGAUGCAGAAACUGCUUUCAAGACCCCUAGCAAGCCACCUGGGGGGAAGAGAUCUGGGCAGGGUAGCUCUUCACCCUCAAUAGUUAUUCCAGCCUCUCCCUUCAUGCAGAAGCUUGGGUAUGGAACUGGAGUCAAUGUUUAUCUCAUGAAAAGGUCUCCCAAAGGUAUCUCUUGCUCUCCCUGGGCUGUGAAGAAAAUCAAUCUCAAAUGUGACGCCAGCCGGAGAAGUACCUAUCAAGAAAGGCUGAGUGAAGAAGCCAAGAUCCUAAAAACCCUUCAGCACCCAAACAUUGUGGGCUAUCGUGGGUUUGCUGAAGCUAAAGAUGGCAGCAUGUGCCUUGCCAUGGAAUACGGGGGAGAAAAGUCUCUCAAUGACCUAAUUGAAGAAAGGAACACGAAAAAACUGGGGCCCUUUCCAGCUGCAACCAUCCUGAAAGUUGCCUUGCACAUGGCAAGGGGCCUGAAGUAUCUACACAACGACAAGAACUUGCUUCACGGUGACAUCAAAUCUUCCAAUGUCGUCAUUAAAGGUGACUUUGAGUCAAUAAAGAUCUGUGACGUGGGCGUUUCACUGCCUCUGGAUGAGAAUAUGAUGGUGAGUGACCCAGAAGCUCGUUAUAUUGGCACAGAGCCCUGGAAGCCCAAGGAAGCUCUCGAGGGAGAUGGCAUCAUCACCGACAAGACCGACAUCUUUGCAUUUGGGCUUACACUCUGGGAAAUGAUGACUCUCUCGAUACCUCAUCUUAACCUGGAGGAAGAAGAUGAAGAGUCUUCUUUUGAUGAAGAUGACUUUGACGAAGACGCUUAUUACGCUGCCCUUGGGACUCGGCCACCACUCAACAUGGAAGAGUUGGAUCCUUCCUAUCAGAAGGUCAUUGAGCUGUUUUCUCUCUGCACGAUGGAGGAGCCGGGAAAGCGCCCUGCAGCUGCACAUAUCGUGGAUGCUUUGGAGGCGGAAGGAUCCAUACAAUAAGUGCCCUCUUCUACAACCCUGCACUACUAUGGCAGCUUCUUUUUCUUUUAGAACUUUCUUUUAUUGCUGACGGUAAAUAUUCCAUAUUCCACAAAGUUGUGUCUUAAGUAACACACACACACACCCCGCCCCUAGCUGAUAAGCUGAUGCUUAGCCUUGUAAUUAGUUUUUCAGUAUUGUAAAUAUAAAGUAACUUGGUCAGGUCUUUCAAUUCCCUUCCCCGCUCCUCCUCUUCUUUGCAUUGUUCAUUUUGAUCUUGACUUGUACUUUUCUCUUAUGAGUAGAUAUCAGAACAUUUGUGGCUGUUGAAUUAAAACCUUUCAAACUUGUCA